GAAAAAAGUGAUCAUUUCUAGAUAAGAAAUGUCGUUAUCAAAAAGUUUACCAAAGGGACAAGUUCAAAUACCUUGUGAGUUAUGCGAAGUAUGUUUUCAAAUACAGUGGAAGUGUCUUGACUGUAAGCUGUUUAUGUGCAGUAAAUGCAAGGAAAGGAUCCAUCCUAAAAUAAAACUUGCUGACAAGCACAAAAUAGUGACAUUAAAAGACAUAACCUCGGAUGAUUUGGAAGCCAAACCUGACUUGACAUCCAUAAGCUGCAUUGUUCAUGACGGAAAAUUAUGCUGUCUUUACUGUAAGGAUUGUGAAGAUGCCAUUUGUUCAUUGUGUGUUACAAAAACACAUACCACGCACAACAUGAUCGAAUUGAGUGAGGGAUAUAAUAUGUGCAUUGAAAAAAAUAAAAGCUACUCGGAAAUGAUUAACAAAACAAUUGAAACAUUUAAUAUUGAUUUAUCAAAACUGAAAACCAUUGAGUUAUCAGAAAUAACUAGAUAUCAAGAUGGGAAAAAGAAGGUCAUGAUGCAGGAACGAUAUCUGAUCAAUUCAAUUCAAAGUCAAUCACAAAUACUAAGCAAUGAAUUUGAAAAACAUUGGAAUAUUUUCCAAGAUGUUAUCAGUAAAGAGGAAACCACUUUAGAACAUAAUGUUGCACAAACUAAAACAAGACGCAAAAUAUUUGAUGCUGCUGCUAGUUCAUCAGACGCAAAUGAAGCAUUCAGAGCUGCAAGAGAAGGGAAACAAAUGAUAAACGAGGAAAGUGUACGAAGCUAUAUUGAUAUACAACGCCCGCCAACUUUUGUUCCCCACUUAGUUUCGUCAACAACAAUAACAUCAGUUCAUGGAUCGCUAGAGUUUCAGGAUAGACACAAAAGACCUGAAGUUGUGGUUAUAAAAAUACAUCCAAACAAAAUCAGAGCUGCUCACUGUUUGAAAAGCGAUUAUGAAGACUUCGUGAGUAAUUUUGUCCUUCGUUUAUGUGUCCAUACAUGUACAACUGACGAUAAACCGUCUGUCGAUGUUGUUUUGAAACCAAAUGGAAAAGUUCAUUGCUUUAAUUUGGAAGAUAAAUUGGAGUUCGAAGAGAAAAGAUCUGAUAUUUUCACCAACUGGUACUAUUUUGAAAACAUCUGGAAAAUACUUUUUGAAAAGCAGGACGAAUUAACCAAGGAUACUUUGUUGACAGAAUCAAGGAAUGAUGUUGGAGGUACAUCAAAGAAAAUGAAAGCAUUGGAUGUGUAUGCAGCUGUCAUUAGUUACAUAAACAAAACUUGUUUUAAAUGUAUGUUACAUAGAAAAAAAUUCUAUAUGGACGAUAUUUUUUUGGUGCUAACCGUUCCGCAUAUUUGUGGAACUCAGGUAGAACAGUUCAUACGCGAUGCUGCAACAAAGGCAAACUUUUCAAACGAACAGUUUACUAUUACUACAGAACCGGAUGCUCUCGCUGUAUAUUGUGAAUACAUGUACGGAAAUCUACAACGUGAAGGGCGCGGUACACACCGAGAUAUAGGUUGUAAAUAUUUGAUCUUUGAUGAAGGAGAUGGAACGACGGAUAUUACAGUGCACGAAGUGACAUGGCCAAGAAUUGUGAAGGAAAUAUACCGCGGCACUCGCUGGCAAAGGAACUCAAUAAUUGUUGAAGAGUUUUGUUCUUUUUUAAAUCAGUUGUUUGGCUUUGAUGUUAUAAGUAUUCUAAAAGAGCAGAAAAAUAUUGACUAUAUUGAAUUUGUACGCCGUUUUGAAAUGAGAAUAGAAAGUUUUAGCCAAAAUUCAACUCGGAUUGUUUAUGUAUGGAUUCCAGUUGUUCAUUUGCAACCGUUAACGACCGUACCUUUAGAAGAGCUUAUACGAAAAUCAAGUUACAACAAAAAUGUAGGUCUUUUGAGUGAUAAAUUAAGAAUCACUGCGUCUUUCUUCAGAUCAUUCUUUGAGAGUGGAAUAAGAUAUGCUUCAGGAAUACUGGAUUCAUUUAUUCCAGCAAUCAACAAGGAAAUUACGAGGGUAUUUGUUGUUCAUGAUUGUUCAUUGUCACCUAUCCUAACAGAUGUUAUUAAACAAAAACUUGGACCUACAGUUGAUGUUAUUAUUCUAAAAUCAAACACUGCAGUGAUGGAGGGUGCAUCCUUGUGUGGCUUUCAGUAAUACCAUUUUACAACUUGCAAUGUAUCUUUAAAAAUUAGACAACAAAUUAGUAUUAAUUGUCAUAUAAAGCCUGACUGAUUAUUGAUCAAAACGUUUGUAUGUACGUUUAAUAGUUUGACAACAGUCCUGUUCUAAUGUAUUUGCACCUGAGAAAAUCAUUACACAAAGCAUGUGCAAAAUGUCAAUCCUUUAAGAAUUUAGUUCUGAAUAGUUUAAUUUCUUUAAUUAUUGUAUUUUUGCAAGACGGUCUUAUUUUCGUUUUUUAAGAUAACAUUAUUCAUUGUAUGUCUUUUAAGCAAAAAUUUAAUUAGAACAUUAAUUUCUUCUUUUUAGGGCAUAAUUACAAAUGGAAUAAAAGAAUUACAAAAUGCAGGAUGAGACUCUUUCGAGUUGCAAGUUGUAUGGACGAGUUUGAUAUUCAGGGACAGUCAACUAUUUAAACGGGAGUAAUAUUGUUUUGAAAUAGUUACUAUAUAGUGAAUUGUGUUGUUAGCGAUCUAUGGCAAACAUUUUUUGUCGAAUUUUCAUGAAUUAAGUUAUUUGAACAAACAAAAAUUUUUAGAUUUAUAACUCUGCACAUGCAAAAUUUUUGCGUUAUCGGGAAAAAGUGAACGCUUUUCUUCUAUGGUAAAUGCAAAAAGAGUCAAAGUAUUCAAUAAAAACUGAAGUGUUUGAAGCUACCAUUCUUUUGAAAGCAUUUCACUCAAACUGAUCAAUUACAACCUGACUGUCCCAUCGCGGUUCGGUUUUUUUUAUUUAAUUGCCUCAUACUGUCGUUAAACAAUGAGGAAGGUAUGUUUUUUUAAAGAUAUCGUAUCAAUAGUCACUAUACUUAGUACAUAUUUUAGUUUGAUUGAGAAAAAAGAAAUGGAUACUAUAUAUGUUCCAAGAAAAGCGCUGAUCUUUUUUAUUAAAACGAAGAGGUAUAACUGGUGAUGAUCUAAAUACUGUAAAUUCUGAAAUGAUUGCAAGAUUUUUAUUAAUGCGAAUAAUGCGACUCCUUGAGUGUCUCAAUAAAAAAUAAUCCACAUUCUGAUAUUUGAUACAUCUAUCUGUAUGUAGCUUUUCCUAAAAUUGCAUUAAUUAAACUCUCAUUCUUGUUCAUUCCUAAAAAUAAAUCACAAUAAUAAAUGCACGCAAAAAUAUUUGAAUUUACAGUAUGCAUUUCUAUAAAUGAAAAGUUAAGAGUACCCAUGAUCAUACAUCCUGUCGAUACUGUUUACUUUUUUUGCCAUUGUACAAAGUCAUGGGGUUAUCAGACUGUAUAUGACGUCCUAACACCAAAUCCAUUGGAUGUAUAUUUGUUGAUACUUUAGUCUGGGAAACAUUAUUUAUUUAUCAGUUGGUUUUAAUUGGCUUUCCACUAGCUUUCAGGAACAGAGAGUACUCUUACAUUGGUGAUUUGUGUCUAUUGUUUUUAUAUUAGUUGAUUUCAUUUGUGCUUCGUACCGUUUUACUGAGUUUUGUCAUUUGCAAUUGAUUUUUACAGUGUGUGCUUAUCAUGGGCUGUAACAUCCCAGGCCCAGUUUCUACAUGUAUCGUAGGGAAAAACCGAAGGAGUCCGAACAUCUGACAAAAAUUCUUAAACCUGACAUGACUACAUCAUUGAUUUUGGGUACUUAGUAUUAACUUUUGAUGAAGGCAAUAAUUGUAUAUGAUUCCAAUAUAAUGUUAAAAUUACCAAAGAUAGCUGUCAGAAUACUAUUGCAUACGUUUUCUUUUGCUCAUCUUUGGGUCUUUUAUUUUUAAAUUUGGAUAAAUUUUGAACAGGGAAUAAAUUAGCGCAAGUAAGUGUUGACAUAUAAGUAUAACUAAAACAUUGUUUUCUUGGACAGCAUUGUUAAACGAGUUGCCAAAUGCCAAAUAUAAUUUGUGUUUAUUUUUCAUAACAAUUCAAAAAAUUAUAUAUAGAACAAUAUAUGUUUACUCUUAUACUAAUCAUUCUUACAACCAUGAACUUGUAUUCACUUUUUUGUUUUUCCACUCAUUUUAUGUUUUUUUACGAUGAAAAGCUCUUUAAAAAUUUUACUGUAGAUAUAAUAGUGUGCUCUCAAUAAAUAAUAUUAUUAUU